GAUCUAUCAACUUCAACAUGAAUUUUCUUUUAUCACAAAACAAGAAAAGAAAAUGUUGUUCAAAGUUGAUGAAGUUGCUUAGGAACUUUCUGCUUCCGCGUUAUUAUUUUAACUCCACUUGUUCCAUGAUCUUCUUCCAAUUUUCUCUUUCCAUAAAAUAGAAUUUCCUACUCACAAAUUCUCCCGUUUCUUUCGAUGGAAGUUACGAUUCAAAGGUAGAGUUGAUUCCAUAAAUUACAGAUUGAUUUCCAAUCUCUUUGUCCGGUUGAUCGUCCUUCCGUCGGAAGGCGAUUCCGGCCACUGUUCAGAAUUUCGUAGCUUUCGUUGUUCGAAGCCCUAUGAUGAAAUCUUUCGACAAAACGCCGGAUAGGAACUCGUCUUUUUCUGAACCUGUCAGCUCAAUCCACAGUCCUCUUUAUUCCGAUGGCUCUCCUUCUUCUUCCGGUAACAAUAAUUCAAAAUCAGGGCGUAAGAAACAAUUAAUCAGGAAACGAGGUGGAUUUGUAUUUCGGGUAUACGAGCAUGUUAAGUUGGGGCCUAAAUUCUUGGUAACUGCUAAAGGUAAAUUGAGAUUAGGGGCAAAAAUAAUACAACAAGGUGGCAGAAAGAACAUAUUCAAACAGGUUUUUGGAAUUGUAGAAGGAGAGCAGCUUUUGAAGGCCUCUCAAUGCUACUUAUCAACAAGUGCAGGGCCCAUUGCUGGGCUUCUUUUCAUAUCUACAGAGAAAGUUGCUUUCUGCAGUGAGCAAAGUAUCACUUUCUCUUCACCAACUGGUGAAUUGCUCAAAACACCUUAUAAGGUUUUGAUACCAUUAAAGAAGAUCAGAAAAGCCAAUCAAAGUGAGAAUGUCAAUGAUCCAGCAAAAAAGUACAUCGAAGUGGUGACAGAUGACAACUUUGAUUUCUGGUUUAUGGGAUUUUUGAGAUAUGAAAAGGCAUUUACAAAUCUUCAGAAGGCCAUUUCCAUGGCUAACAAUUCAAUGCAACAGUUCACAGAUAUAUCAUGAAACUAACCAAUUCUGGCCGAAGAAGGUGUUGCUUUUCCUUCCCAUUCAUAGGAGUGAGUGCUUUUUGAACUUAGGAAUUUGAUAGGUAUUUCACAUACUCACAUCUUGGAGUGUUUCUAAUGAAUGUAUUGCUCUAUAUUUUGUAUGUAUAUCUGAUGACUGUUGUUUAAGUUUAGUUUUCCCACAUCCCUGUGCAUCGAAGUGGGCUUGAUUGAAAUAUGUAAAAUAUCUUAUUUGCUCCUAAAUUGUAUUUUACUCGAACUCAUCAGGUACUUUUGUUAUUUUCUUUUGAUUUUUCAUCU